CGGGCGGCCCCGGGCAUGUAUGCCCCCGGAGGCGCAGGGCUGCCGGGAGGGCGCCGGCGGAGGAGCCCGGGAAGCAGCGCUCUGCCCAAGCAGCCGGAGCGUAGCCUGGCUUCGGCCCUGCCUGGUGCCCUGUCCAUCACGGCGCUGUGCACUGCCCUCGCUGAGCCCGCCUGGUUGCACAUCCAUGGAGGGACCUGUUCCCGCCAGGAGCUGGGGGUCUCGGACGUGCUGGGCUACGUGCACCCCGACCUGCUGAAAGAUUUCUGUAUGAACCCUCAAACAGUGCUCCUCCUGAGGGUCAUUGCUGCCUUCUGUUUCCUGGGCAUCCUGUGUAGUCUCUCUGCAUUCCUUUUGGAUGUCUUUGGGCCCAAGCAUCCAGCCCUGAAAAUCACCCGUCGCUAUGCCUUUGCUCAUAUCCUCACAGUCCUGCAGUGUGCCACAGUCAUCGGCUUUUCCUACUGGGCUUCUGAACUCAUCCUGGCCCAGCAACAGCAACAUAAGAAAUACCAUGGCUCCCAGGUAUACGUCACCUUUGCUGUUAGCUUCUACCUGGUGGCAGGAGCUGGUGGAGCCUCAAUCCUAGCCACUGCAGCCAACCUCCUGCGCCACUAUCCAACAGAGGAAGAGGAACAGGCGCUGGAGCUGCUUUCUGAGAUGGAAGAGAAUGAACCCUACCCAGCAGAGUAUGAGGUCAUCAACCAAUUCCAGCCACCCCCUGCCUAUACACCCUAAUGCCAGCCAGGGCUCUAGUCCUCUGCAGCCCCUUCCCCUAGCAGGCCUCACUGGUAGGACCCUGACCAUUUUCAUCAAACCUUCCCCAGGAGAGACUCUUGCCUCUAGGGUUGUCCAUGUGUCCCUGCUCCCAAGAGCUGGGAUUUAGUGAUUUUCUAUAAUGCACUCUUUCCCUUCCUGCCACCCUCUGCUCCUUUCCUAUUUCUAGCCACACCCAACGAAGGAUGGUCAGACGAGUUUCCUCCCUUUGUGGGCCAUAUCUUUGGGACUGGGACUUUUCUCGUGUUGCUGCUGGUAGUGAUUGGGCAGUCCCAGAGAGAAGUGCCAACCGGGCACAAGGGAAAAGGAACUGUGUCCUACAGGCUCACUUUGCUAGGCUCAGCGUUUGUUCCGUACCUAUAGCCCUGGGCUAGCCCCUUCAUUCCUUUCCAGAGUGCCCAGGCCCAAGCUGUCCACUUUGUGGAUUGUCUGCACUUUAAUCUUUGGACUUCUCACAUGUGUUCUGGUUUUCUGGGGAGAAGGAAUUGCUGUUGGGGAGCAGGGAAGCUGCUCUCUCACCUUGCCCUGGCUUCACAUUGUUGUAGCAAGGCAAGGAGAGCUGAUCUGGGUGAGAGUGAUCCUACAGAGGACCUGUGUAAAGGGGACUGAGUCUCCUAGACUCUUUACCUCUUAACUGUGGGUGGUUUUAAGAGGAAAAACAAAAACCAAGCAGCAGCAGCCAUAUUCUCUCUUUAAUAUAGGGACAAGGCUGUUGUGGCUAUUCAGAAAUGUAUCCUAUCCUUUAUGGCUUUGCAAUAUUUUGGACCAUAGCUCCUCCCAGAGUCUCUCCAGCAGAAUGCCAGCUCUGCCCUGGCUCCUUCCCUUCUGGCAGCUGUGGCUCCCUGGGGCCUUUCUGUAGAUCCAGAACCAUGUGGCCCCUGAGGGGCUGAGGACUGUGGCCUGGCUGGCUGGCCAGCGUGGUGCUCCUCAGAACUGUGGCACUGAGAUAUAACCUGGCCUCAGCUCAGGCAUGGGGGCCAAACAGGGCAGGACCCUCUAUUCACCACAUAGGAACUCCAUCCAGCGGGCCAUCAGGUUAGUGUUAGGACUACCCUGUCAUACAUGGAGGUCUGGUUAUAGCCUUCAGACUCAGUAUGUCCCCUAGACUGUGACUUGGGGCUACAGCUUGCUGCAUGCCCCUCUUCCCUUCUGGAAUGUACUCUGGUCUUGCAGUAUGCUACUGGCCUGUCACUCUGGCUCUCCUUUUUGGUCUGGGUCCAGUAUAUUUUUCUGCCCCAAGAUUUGGGCCAUAAAGUGGGUUGAACUUGAAAGGCCUGCAGCAUGGAUGCAGAUGGCCGAGGUGUUGAGUUACUAGGUUUCAGUCUAGUGCUGAACUGAAAAAGACAGAUUCUAAUCUCCUCCCACUCUUAAGCUGAUAGACAUUUUGAGCAAGAAUGGAGAAUGUAUACAGCCAUUAAGCUGUAACUUCUAGAGGACUGUCACUUCCCCAUUCUUUGACCAUUUUGAGUGGGGAUGUGUGGACAGAUGCCUGUGUGGGUGAAGACAGCGUGAGCACAUGAGUGAGCAUCUGCUUCGAGUUCACUGCUGUGAUGAUGAAGUACUCCAGGGUGACUCUCCCACUCUUCCAGACCCGUCUCUGAGGCAAGAAAGGCUGCCGUGUGAUACCUGAGCACAAAAUCAAGAGUUAAGUCUGUCUCUGUGAAGCCCUGAGCUUGCCAUUAUCGUUUCUGAAGUAUGACCAGCUCUCUCUGACCAUGGUGUCUGAGUGGGCAGGCCAGAAGACGGGGCACUUAACACGCAUGCCAAAGUGAACAGUCAUCUCAUGAGGAUGAGGACAUGACUCUGUGGGCUGUUCCAUGUGAUUCAGAACCCACUUUUUAUUAUCUCCCUGUGGCCUCCGGCCUUUUUCUUUCCCUUGCCAUCCUGACACUGAUAGUUUGUCAUAUGAAUUCCCCUGGUUGUUUUUCUUUUCUAGGAAAAAAAAUUAAAAGGCAAAACAAAACAAACUACAAAUAAGAAUGCAAAUGCCAAUGGCUACCUGUCAUUUUUCUGUCAGUUUUCUAGGUGUGAUCUGUUCCCUUCCUGUCAAAGAAGCAGGAGACUUUGAUGAGGCUUUCAAUUUAGAACAAAGUUUGAAGGGAUUUGGUGUUUGCGCACAUAUGACAUUUUUCACCCCAUGAGCCUCCUAAUCUUAACACUUUUCAGAGAGGAAGUUCUCAAGGCCCACAGCUAGAAACAGUGGAUGGCUCUGUCCGAGAUCUCAACUUCAAACCUUGAUCUGCUUCUCUCUGCAUGUUCUACGUAGCUGCAGAAGAGAGCCUUUUUGGAACUCCAGCAGUCUGUAGCUUGCAGAAGAAACUGCCCUUUCUCUGAAAAUCAUAGCAAGCAAUGCUUUCUGGGAGAAUCCUGGGUACAAAUGGCUCUGAGAACAUGACCUGUGGAAUAGCUCCUUUGAGCAGUACAGGUCUUGAUGGCUGCCUGUACUCUCUUCAUUCACUCACUCAUCCCAUUGCUGGACCCCAAGUGCACACUCUGGUGAAAGACCUCCAUUUGGGAGCAGCCCAUUGGAUCUUCUGUUGUUCUUGGUAGGAUGCAUAUCUUUCUUGGAUUGGGAGUAUAUUCUCAGGUCAUGUCUGUACAGACGUUUAUAUGAUAGGUCCCUUGGAUUAUGCACAAAGCACCACUAGACCCCAUGAGAGAAACACCCUGCCUGGCAGGAACCUGUUUCCCAGUGCUGUAUGUGCUUAGCUGAGGAUGGACUCAUCCACAGGGAAGCAGUGAAGUGAGUGGUCUGGACACUUUGGAAAAGUUCUGUAACAGACUAAAGGGAGGCUGGUUCUGACCUGAGUGAUAACCAGUGGCUUUCUGGAGGAAGCAGCUGGGUUGAUUUGAGGGAGUACAGGAAGUAGAUGGGGUGUUCUCACUGAGGGAAUAGCAUUGACAGCCAAGAUGUGGUGAGACAUGAGAAAAGUGAAGGUCUUUCUAAUGUUCCACAAAGCAACAGAGCUAUGGAGGGGCCAGAAGGAAAGAGGGACCUAACUUUAUUGACUGCUGAUGCUGUGGAGGGACCAUGUUCUUAAAUGAAAGCAUCUAAGGGUAUGAAAUUUAGAGGACAGACAGACAUAGUAUGAAGGAUCUGGAGACCUGGAAGAAAGGGGAGAGGACAGUCACUACCAGGUACUGGGGUAAGGAGUCCAGGAGCUCCCAUCCUACUAUAAUAUGCUAGGUGGGGUCAGUCUUGUAGCCCACCAGGGUCUCACACAUGAGAAGCUGUGAUAUGUGAAGGACAGCAAGGAGAAAGCCUUGGGAAUCGUGAGUGGUUGCUGCAUAGAAGAAAGGGCAGUUCUCGCCAGACAACCCUAGAGUCUUCAGCUGGUAUCUCACCCAGAGGUGUCCAUAGCCUAGGUCACUUACACUAUGGACACAAGGUUAUGUGGUGAGACACAAAGGAACUAAUAAACUUUACAGCCUUUGUUUUCAAAUAGCC